GUAGUGAUGAGCCCAUUCGAUCCGGCAGGAUUGUUGUGUUUUUUCCUCAUACACGGCAAGGUACUAAUCCAGGAGCUGUGGAGGGCGAAGACGACAUGGGAUCAACUAAUUCCGGAGGAGUUACUUGGGAAGUGGAUGCGGUGGACGAGUUUGUUCAAACAUCUGGACCAGAUUAGCAUUCCGCGUUGCUACUUUCCGCAACGUUCGGUGAAAGAUAUCUUGUCGCUGCAACUGCAUAUCUACGUGGAUGCUAGCGAAGAAGCUUAUGCGUGUGUCGCUUACUUUCGGGCGGUAUUUCCGGAUGGGAUUUCUGUUGCGUUAGUCGGUGGGAAAUCCAAGGUGGCUCCACUGAAGGCACACUCCAUCCCACGGUUGGAGUUGAUGGCAGCGGUAAUCGGAGUUCGCUUGAUGAAGACCAUCCUCACUGGGCACUCGCUCGUAGUCGAGAAGACAGUGUUAUGGUGUGACUCUAAGACGGUGCUGGCUUGGAUAAAUUCAGAUCAUCGAAGAUAUCGCCAGUUCGUAGCUUGCCGAGUAGGUGAGAUUUUGUCCAAGUCGGAGGCGAAGCAAUGGCGUUGGAUAUCAUCGAGAAAGAACGUCGCCGACGAUGCGACAAAGUGGGGAAAAGGGCCGUGUUUGUCCUCAGGCGGCCGUUGGUUCCGUGGUGACAACGAUUUAUAUUUGCCAGAAGAUCAAUGGACCGUAGAUGCAGAUUCAGUCGGCGCGACGACCGACGAAGAGCUGAGGUCGUGUUUGGUGCACAAGGAGGUUAUCGUACCGCCACAACUUGUGAGGUGGGAGCGAUUCUCGAAACUGACGCAUUUGUAUCGAUCGGUAGCACAUGUUCAUCGCUACGUACAAAAUCUACGGCGAACGGUAAAACGAGAGACUCGACUGGACGGACCACUCACUCAAGAGGAAUUAGCAACAGCCGAAACCACAAUCUUUCGUUGGGUGCAGUGUGAGCAGUAUCCGGACGAGGUAGCGACUUUGUCAGUAAUGCGGGACAAGCAGCCAGGACAACAGGCGCGGCUAGAGAAAACCAGCAAAAUAUACAAACUGUCUCCGUACUUGGACGAAGCAGGUGUUAUUCGUUCUGAUGGAAGGAUAUCUGCUGCGACCGUCGCCGCGUUUGACACUAAGUUUCCAGUAAUAUUGCCGAAAGCCCAUCCAGUGACUAGACUGCUGGUUGAAUGGUACCACCAACGAUUUCUUCACGCCAAUGGCGAGACUGUCGUGAACGAAGUGAGACAGCGUUUCCACAUAUCGCAACUGCGCCCGUUCGUGCGUAAGGUGGCUAAAGAGUGCGCCUUGUGUAAAGUCAAGAAGCCAAGUCUGGCGACACCCCGAAUGGCUCCACUCCCGGCGGCCAGGUUGCAGGCGUACGUACGUCCAUUUUCCUACGUAGGCGUCGACUAUUUCGGGCCGAUCGGCGUGCGGGUGAACCGAAGUAUUGCAAAACGAUGGGUAGCUCUGUUCACGUGUAUGACCACACGAGCAAUCCAUCUCGAAGUCGCUCACACACUUUCAACGGAAUCUUGCAAGAUGGCGAUCAGGCGUUUCAUCGGACGCAGAGGAGCACCUGUGGAGAUCCGCAGCGACAGGGGCACAAAUUUCGUGGGAUCGAGCAACGAACUUAAGCAGGAGAUGGGCAAAAUCGAGCGCCAGCUUGCCGAAACGUUCACCAAUGCGAACACGAAAUGGGUGUUUAACCCACCUGGAUCACCUCACAUGGGUGGCGCCUGGGAGCGUCUAGUGCGGUCGGUGAAAACCGCUCUUGCUGCAAUGGAGUCUUCUCGAACGCCGAACGAAGAAACGCUGGCAACGUUGCUAGUGGAAGCUGAGAGUGUGGUCAAUUCGAGACCGCUAACAUAUAUUCCUCUGGAGACGGCGCAACAGGAGGCUCUAACACCGAACCACUUUCUUCUAAUGAGCUCGAGCGGCGUAACGCAGACUCCGAAGACGCUUACGGAUCCAAGACAAGCCUGCAGGAGCGACUGGAAUCUAUGCCGUACAAUGGUAGAUCAGUUUUGGCGCCGGUGGGUGCGGGAAUAUCUUCCUACCAUCGCACGUCGUACCAAGUGGUUUGAGGAGACAAAACCGAUCGAGGUAGGAGAUUCGGUGAUCAUCGUGGAGGAGAAGAUACGCAACGGAUGGAUUCGAGGACGUGUAGCCAAGGUCGUGGUGGGCCGAGAUGGGCGAGUUCGCGAUGCCGUGGUGCAGACUCCCGACGGAAUGGUGCAUCGACCUGUAGCAAAGCUGGCGCGGAUCGACAUAGAAAAGGUGGGGCUUCAGCCGGGAACAGCAGAAGGUAAAGCUGAACCGGAGAUAGCUAACCAGCCUUACGGGUCGGGGAGUGUUACGGUAUGUCCCGCUGACCCCUUCCAACUCCACGGUCGACCACCUGUCGGUGAAGGACAAUUUUGAUGUAGUGAGGACCAUUUGAAAUGGAAGGAUAGGAAAAGGGAAGAAGGACCGUUUGAAAUGGAAGGAUAGAAAAAAAGGAAAAAAGGAUCGUUUGAAAUGGUAGGAUAGAAAAAGAUAGACGUCAUGCACAGAUGAGAGGAAGAUAUAAGAAAAAAUAUAGAUGAAAUUUGUUAGUUAGUAGUUGAAAAUAUAGACCAUUGAAUUCGUGAACAUCACAAGCAAAAAUUUAAAUCCCGUAAGUAGAACCUACGUCGGAGAGGAAUUCUUUUAAUCCUUACCCUGAAUUAUAUUCCUUAACAGGUGAUAGUAGCACAAGAAUACUGUCGGUCAGAACGGACGGUGUCGGAUUGUUCAAGUUAAGCUUUAAACGGAAUAGUAUUCCACCUGCACAAUUGUUGGGAAGAAGAAGGAUUACGUAUUGAACCGAUGUAAGUAGCGUAUAAGUUUCCUAGGGCAUUUCAUUAAUAAAGCUCCACAGCUUUUAGCUGAUUCAUGCUGAAAAGCCGUUUAUUCAAUCCACCCAACAACAGGACAUUAA